GAAUGGCGAACUCCUGUGCGUGUAAAUUGUUUGUAUAAAUGCAUGUCGAAUUGUGCGGCUGUUUUUAAUAUGACUGAACCAAAUAUAUAUAUAUGUUACUUUAAUACAACAAUGUGUGACUGACAUAAACUUAAGGAUACAGACUAGGCAGUCAAGAAACUGGACGAAAAACGCUUUUCUAUAUCUUGAUCUCAAAUUAUUUUAAAACGACACAUUCAUAAAAGGUUUUAACGUUAAAACUGACGGUUAAGCCUUUAAAAUUGUGUCUUUCACAAUUGAAUAAAGUAGUCAUUACUUUCAGACGUAGUAUUUAAAAAGAUCAAAAUUUCGUUGACAUUUUUAUCUACAGCGAAAUAUAAGUGUUACUAUUUUUCGUGUGAUUCUCUACACUGGAAUUCAUUCGGAAUAAACAAUGGCUGCUAUUCAACUUGAUGACCGUGAUAGAACUAUCGUUUUGGGACGUAGUUUGUAUAGAUCAUCAUCUCCUGGAACAAUGCGAUUAGAAACAAGAAUAAAGGAACUUGAAGAUCAACUAGAUGAAGAGAGAGCAGCGCGAAUAAAGACUGAAAGGGAACUGGCUGAAGUGAAUGCUGAAUGUGAUGUUAUGAAUGCGGACUUACAAAAUUAUAAAGAACAAAUUAAUCAACAAGAAGAAACUAUCAAGAGAAAAGAUCAAGAAUUCUCUCGUGUUCGUAGAGAAUUAGAAGGAAUUCGUAGUGCAAAUGAAGAGAAUUUGGAAAACUUAAGACGCCGCCAUCAAACCACAACUAAUGAACUUAAUGUUGAAAUAAGUGUACUUCAAAAGGCAAAAUACAAAAUUGAAAAAGAAAAGUCUGAAAUAGCUAGACAAUUAGAAAAUGCUUUUACUGAGGUCGAAGAUGCUACUAAGGCCAAAACUGCCGCUCAGACAAAACAAGAAACACUGGAAUCACAAGUUUUAAGACUACGCGCAAAUAACGAAGAGUCACAGAAACGCAUUACUGAACUCAACUCACAGAAUAGUCAACUCGUUGCAGAAAUUACUGAACAAGCUCGAAAUAUUGAGAAGUUAAAUACGAAUCUAGCAAAUUCUCAAAGAGCACAGGCAGUUGCUGAAAUGGUGGCAGAAGAUCACAGAAAAGCAUUGGAAGAAGAAACAAAGACUAGAACAUUAGUUCAAAGUAAGCUAACUGCUAUACAACAAGAACUGGAUAUAAUAACUCAAAGAGCUGAUGAAGAAGCUGAAAAUGCUGCGAAACUUCAGACUGUAGUCAAUAGAUUGACAAAUGAAUUAUCACAAACUAGAUCAAAAUAUGAAAAAGAAUUGAAUGAGAAUACUGAACAGUUUGAUGAACUCAAACGGCGUUUAAACAAUCGUAUUAAUGAGUUAACGGAGUCUUAUGAACUAGAACGUGGUAGAGUAGUUAGUCUUGAACGGACAAAGAAUCAACUAGCCAAUCAGUGUCAAGAGAUACAAACGCAAUUGGAUAACAUGUACACAGAGUGUAGUGAUCAAGCUGUAACUAUAAAAAGUUUAGAGAGUCAAAAAGCUGAAUUGGAACAAAUUUUAGAAGAAACUCAAACAGAAGAAAGUAAUUUACGAACAAAAGCUGGUUUACUCCAAAGAGAUUUGAUUCAAAUAAGAGCUGUUAAAACAGAGCUAGAAGAACGUGUAUCAGUUCUUGAGAAAGAAAAUAAGCAAAAUGCUGAAAAACUGAAGGAGACAAAGGAACGCUUAUCUUCUGUCAACAGACAGGUCACCGAUUUAGAAAGUUCUCGAGCAAGAUUAGAGUCAGAAAGAGAUAAUCUGGACACUACAUUGAAGGAUACUGAAGAUGCAUUACAUGAAUGUGAAACUCGAUAUCAAGCAUCAUGUUCUGCACUAACUACUUUAAGAAGUGAACUUGAACGACAGUCAAGAGAUAAAGAAGAGGAAAUAGAAAGUUUGAGGCGUUCAAGUCAACGUAAUAUAGAAAAUUUAAAAGUUGCCAUUACAGAUAUGGAAAUUAAAAAUCAGAAUGAAAUAGACAGAAUUAAAAAAAAACUUGAAGUAACUAUACAAAAUUUACAAGUUCAAUUGGAUGAAGAAAAAAAUGCUCAUAUAGAAACGAUUAAAGCUCAACAAGAAACGGAAACACAUAUUUGUCAGUUGGAGAUGGAAGUAAAUGAAUUAAAUAAUUUAGUCAGUGAAACUGCAUCCACCUUACAGAUCUGUGAAAAUCGUCGGUCUGCUUUAUCCAGUGAAGUGGAUAGUUUGAGAGGUCAACUGGAAAUCACAGAAAGAUUGAAAAAAAAACUUGAAGAAGAAUCAUCAGAGAAUAUGUCGAAACUUGGCAGUCUAACUAUACAAAUAAAUAAUUUGACUGCAGAAAAACGAAAACUUGAAGGUCAGAUAGCUGUGCUUCAAGGGGACUUGGAUGACGUAACAGGUGCUAAAGACGUUGCAAUAGAGAGAUCAGAUCGACUUCAAAAUGAAGUAAAUCGUUUAACUCAAGAACUUCAAACUGAACAAGAAUCAUGUCGUAGAGCAGAUACAGCAAGACGACACUUAGAAUCUGAGUUGAAAGAGUGUAAUGCAAAAAUUCUUGAGAGUAGAAGAGCUGCUGAUACAGCGGAACGUGAAGCAGACGAUAUGAAAAAUCAAACUGAGUUUAAAAUCAGGGAAUUACAAACAGCAUUAGAAGAGGAAUCGAAGAAAACAAGAGAGGCACAAAGUCAAUUAAGAAAAUGUGAACGAUCACUUAAAGAAUCACUUCAAGCUGAACAAGACGCUGGACAUAUGAUCAAUGAAUUGCGUGAAAUGAUUGAACGAACUCAAACAAAAUUGAAGCAAACUAGGCGACAACUGGAGGAAACUGAGAAUGCUGCACAAACAGCUAUGAUGAAAUAUCGUCGAGCACAACAACAAUUAGACGAUGCAGAUUUACGAAUACAAAUUGCUGAAAGAAAAAUCAGUACAAGUACUCAAGAAGAUAAUUCAAUAAUAUAUGGAAAUUAUAAUAGACAACGAUCUGGUAGUCUUUAUCCAGCUAGAUCAAGAAAUUAUUCUGUUACACGUGAAGGUUCAGUAUACAGUGUUAUGAGUGAAUUACCAUCAUCUCCAAAUAAAACUCGUUUUCAAUUAAACACACCAAGACAAUACAAUCAGAAUAGUUCUGUAGGUAAUCAAAAAGAUAUAGGCAGUUCUAUAAGUCUACUUGAUCUUCCACCAGCUGAAACUAAUAUUAAUUGAUUCUACUUCAGUGAAUUAGACAAAAUAAUCCUUCAACAAUUUAAGAAAUAGUUACAAUUUCCUUUAUUCUUAUGCAUUUCCAUUAUAAUAUUUUAGCAUUUUGUUUCAACGUAUAUGAAUUCAUUAAUUAAAAGAAUUAGGAGUAUCAGAAUAAAAUUAUACAUUCACAUCCUAAUAUCAUCUUAUAUAGAACAUUAGUAUGGGAUAACAUCAAUUGAAAGGGAUUGGAUAUUUUUCGUUAGCUUGUUGUACAUUUAAGUAUUUCGUAUAAAUUGAUUGAUACAUGCUUUCUACCCAUUUUUAUCCUUUAUAUAUAGUGAAUUUUAGUAAACAUUUUAGACUAUAAUUAAUAUAUAUAU